AUGGUUGAUCACGAGUGGACGCCAUUACAGAAGGAGGUUAUCUCAGGCUUGAGCGCGGGAUGCAUAACCACACUGGUAGUGCAUCCAUUAGAUUUACUCAAGGUUCGUUUGCAGCUAUCUGCUACAAGCGCUCAAAAGGUCCACUAUGGUCCAUUUGCAGUGAUAAAAGAGAUCAUACAUUCAUCGGCGAACACUGGGCGUAGUAGGUCAAAGGUUAUAAAUGAACUGUACCGUGGAUUAAGCAUAAAUUUGUUUGGAAACGCCAUUGCAUGGGGGGUUUAUUUCGGCCUCUAUGGUGUCAUGAAGGACCUGAUAUACAAGGCAGUGGAAAAGCCAGGGCAGAGCCAAUUCCAAGGGGUCAGCAAUGACCACAAGAUAAAUUCGCUAAUAUAUCUGUCUGCAGGCGCUUCCAGUGGCUUAAUGACGGCUAUCUUGACGAAUCCGAUCUGGGUUAUAAAGACAAGAAUAAUGUCUACAAGUAAAGGUGUUCAGGGAGCAUACACAUCGAUAUACAAUGGUGUUCAGCAACUGUUACGAAAGGAGGGCUUGCGUGGCCUGUGGAAGGGGCUUGUACCUGCUCUAUUUGGCGUUUCCCAAGGUGCUUUGUAUUUCACAGUUUACGAUACGUUGAAGCAAAGAAAAUUGCGACGGAAAAGAGAAAGUGGCCAGAACAUUCAUUUAACAAACCUCGAAACCAUUGAAAUUACAUCGUUAGGGAAAAUGAUUUCGGUCACUUUAGUUUAUCCUUUUCAAUUAUUAAAAUCAAACUUACAAAGUUUCAAGGCUAAUGAGCAGAAAUUUAGGCUUUUUCCUUUAGUAAAACUGAUUAUUGCUAAUGAUGGUUUUGCAGGACUUUAUAAAGGCCUAUCAACAAAUCUACUCCGAGCCAUUCCAUCCACCUGCAUCACGUUUUGUGUGUACGAAAACCUCAAACAUAGACUCUAG